UGACGCCAUCUUGAAAUCGUCCCGAGCAGAGAGGAGUCGACGGAGAAGAGGAGAGACGGACUAAAACUCGAUAUCUGCGUUAGCUAACACGGAUUAACGGCAGCUUUACGGUGUUAUUGCUCACAUAUGAUAGUUUCCACUCGUUCUAACGAGUCAUUUGGACGUGGGGACGGUUGUUUGGAUCACUUUGGAGCGGACUAACACCUCGGAGAAGAGGAGCUGGUUGUUGGAGCGGCUGGAGCUCCUGGUUGUGGCCGGGCAGCUUCACCGGACUACCGGACUAAAACUACCGCUUCCACACGGAAUAUAACAACAACAACAACAUAUUUAACCUCUUAUUUCUCUCUAAGGAGAUUUAAAACCUUAAUUAAAACAUUGUUUUCCUUAAAAGCGUCUCCUUAUCCAGGAGAAGUUUGAUUUUGGAGAGCGGUGUGCGCUUGAUUUCCAGUCCGAUGGAAGUGAGCCCUGCCCGGCUGUGGCUCGGCUCUCUGCACCGCUGCUCUGGAAGAAACACCACCACUACCACUAGCAGCAGCAGCAGCUUGCACAGGUGAACACUGUCUGAUCAUGCACACCUGGCAAGUACAUGACAGUCCAGGCUUCAAUGCCAACGCCAUUGCUUGUCUGUAAACCUGGAAAUACCUCUUCUUCUUCAUCCUCCUCCUCUUCCUCUCCAUUGGACUAAAGCCUUGCUUGCAUUACCUGGGAUAUUUUUGGAUUUUUCCAAUAUUGACAUGUCCUUUUCUGCAGAGACAAUGCUCUCUGGAGCACUUUUAAUCUGACUGUUGCAUUUUUAGAUAUUUUUUUUUGGGCUUUUUUUGUUGUUGUUGUUUUUUUAUUCUCUUUCUAAGACAGAGGAUCAGAUUCGGAUGGAAAAUGGGAGACGCCACCAAACUGGCCUUCGCCGUUUUCCUCAUCUCCUGCUCUUCAGGUGCCAUCCUGGGACGCUCGGAGACGCAGGAGUGCGCCUAUUACAACUCCAGCUGGGAGAAGGAGCGCACCAACCGCAGCGGCAUCGAGCCCUGCUAUGGCGAGAAAGACAAGCGGCGGCACUGCUUCGCCACGUGGAAGAACGUCUCUGGCAGCGUGGAGGUCGUCAAGCAAGGCUGCUGGCUGGACGACGUCAACUGCUACGACAGUAACGAGUGCGUGGAGAGGAAGGAGAGUCCCGACGUGUUCUUCUGCUGCUGUGAAGGCAACAUGUGCAACGAGAGGUUCCUGUACGCCCCUGAAGCGCCUCCGCAGAGCGACCCGCACCAUUCAACCGCCUACACCACCUCCAACCCAUUUUCCCAGAAGCCCCAGCUCUUCAGCACCCUGCUUUACUCGCUGGUUCCCAUCAUAGGCCUGGCCGCCGUCGUCCUCUUCUCCUUCUGGAUGUGGCGACACCACAAACUGGCUUACCCGGCGGCCCUCGUCCCCACACAUGAUCCCGGGCCAUCACCCCCGUCCCCCAUUUUGGGGCACAAACCGCUUCAGCUGAUUGAGGUGAAAGCCAGAGGGCGCUUCGGGUGUGUGUGGAAGGCCCAGCUGCUCAACGACUUUGUGGCUGUUAAGAUCUUCCCCAUCCAGGACAAGCUGUCUUGGCAGAACGAGUAUGAGAUCUUCAGCGUGAGCGGCAUGAAGCACGACAACAUCCUCCACUUUAUCGGCGCGGAGAAGAGGAACAACAACCUGGACCUGGAGCUGUGGCUCAUCACCGCCUACCACGACAAGGGCUCGAUGACGGACUACCUGAAGGCCAACGUGGUGACGUGGAACGAGCUGUGUCACAUCACCAUGACGGCGGCCCGCGGCCUGGCCUACCUCCACGAAGACAUCCCGGGACACAAGGAGGGACACAAGCCCUCCAUCGCCCACAGGGACAUUAAGAGUAAGAACGUGCUGUUGAAGACCAACCUGACCGCCUGCAUAGCCGACUUUGGCCUCGCUCUGCAGUUUGAAGCAGGAAAAUCAGCAGGAGACACACAUGGACAGGUGGGGACGCGGCGCUACAUGGCUCCUGAAGUCCUGGAGGGCGCCAUCAACUUCCAGCGAGACUCCUUCCUGCGUAUCGACAUGUACGCCUUCGGCCUCGUCCUCUGGGAGCUCGCGGCGCGGUGCACCGCCGCUGACGGCCCGGUGGAUGAGUACAUGCUCCCGUUUGAGGAGGAGAUAGGUCAGCAUCCGUCUCUGGAGGACAUGCAGGAUGUCGUCGUUCAUAAGAAACUGAGGCCCAUUCUGCGAGACUGCUGGCAGAAACACGCGGGUCUGGCCAUGCUCUGCGAAACCAUCGAGGACUGCUGGGACCACGAGGCCGAGGCUCGUCUGUCCGCCGGCUGCGUCGAGGAGCGCAUCGGCCAAAUGCAGCGCCAAGCCCCCAUCAUCGGCCCCGAGGAGAUCGUCACCGUCGUCACCAUGGUGACCAACGUGGACCUCCAGCCCAAGGAGUCCAGCUUAUGAUCGACCGGCGCCUGAUGAGCCAGCAGAAAAAUCACCACGAGAGGAUGAACAGCCGACCCUGGUUGGUUGGCGGUUUUUUUUUGUUCUUUCUUUCCGUUUUUUCUUUUUUCCUUUAAGUGCGGGCCGCUACUCGCAUUCAGGAAACACCCUGCGCCCACCUCACCACAUCAGUUGAUACCCACCUCAUUUUGUGUGGAUUUUAACGGUCGAAAAACUCCCAAGAUUCAGGAUAUUACCGACGACGUCACCGAGUGAUGACAUGCUGGGACGACAAACACUUUUAUCAUGUAUUGUUUUUAUAUACAUACAAACACACACACACACACACACACACACACACAUAUAUAUAUAUAGGAGGGCUGCUCGGUUUUCUACGGAGAGAGAAGAUCCGGCAGAGAAAUUUCACGAACUCUCUUCAGUGCAUUUUAGUGUAAAAAAACAAAACAAAACAAAAAAAACAAGGAGCACCUGGCUCUCGAUACAUUUGCUGUUUUCUCGUGUGCGUUUUUUCUGAAGAAACGACUAUCGUUCUGCCAAUAAGCAACGGCUUCUGAAUGUUUAUAGUGUAAUGCUGCUGUACAUAGUGUAUUAUGGACCCAGACGACUUGGUAAUCAAGCUUAUUUUAACGGGGCGAGGGGGGAGGGGGGAUCCAUUUUCAAGCAUUACGACGAUAAAAAACCAUAAACCUCCUUCAACCAGGUAUACCUCAGUUCAGAUGGACACAGUUUAAAUUAGUCCCUCUCCCUGAUCACAGUCACAACCUUGGCUCUUCACGACAUCCAGUCAGCCGUGACACUCAUGUAGUCCAAACAUACAUGGCCAUAAACACCCCUUUCUCAAUCUCACGUUUGAUUUUUGACUGAACUUUUCUCUGAGAUUUUCUCCUCAUAAUGGGGGAAAAAGACCCCCAUGGUGAAGUUGUUGUUUUUUUUUGGUUUGCCGUGUCAACUUGUCAGCGGAGUAAUAAUAUCUAUCGCCUAAUUUUGGCCGUGAGAUCUGGAUAUACAGUAUAUGUAUUUAUAUCUCUCUGGAUUAGCGCUGGGUACCAGCUAAUGAUACCUUUUUGUGAGAUCUCUAGCAUCAGAUUUGAAGUGCAGGAGUACCCAGCCCUGAUUUAGAUUAAUACCUGUAUUUAGCUGAGCCAGCUUGCUUUUGAUUUGAUUGCACACAUCUUUAUUUUUUUUUUUUGGAUUUACUAUCAAGAGUUUCUGCUCUCUUUUGAUACACCUCAGGAAUCUUUGCUACUCACCACCACCUCACAUCCCUCCUCUUCCUCCUCAUCCUCACCCGGCCGUCUCGGACUGGAGUACCUCCUCUCUCGCCGAUUCCUACGCUUCCUCUCUCUCUCUCUUUCUCCCCUCAUCUCUACUUGUAACGGCUUAGCAGUGCUGUCAUGCUCAAAAAGAGUCCAAAUUUAAUCAAAUCCCACACAGGUAAGGUUGGUUGAACCUUGCCUGUCCCUCUACAGGUGUUUAUGUAGUCCGUUAGUUUGUGUUUCCACUUUUCUUAAGUCAAAUGUUGCAACUUUAAACUGUAUAUAAAGAUGAACGACGCGUCUCCACUUCUUCCCACUGUACAAAAGUGAAGCCAAAAUAUCCUGGAUACGGGAGCUGCAUCUGUACUGCAGCCAGCCACCAGGGGGGCAAUCCAGAUGUUUUGGCUUCAUUUUUGGGGAGCUGUCAUGUCGUCCAUCUUUCUAACAGUCUAUGGUAGAGACAAGCAAGCCAAAUAAGCUCCAACUCCUUUUUUUUAUCCUGUUUUGAUGCAUGUAUUUUAUCUUUCGUCAGAGUUAAACACUACCUGCUCUUUAAAGUAACCGAAUUCAACAGUUUUCACAAAAUAAUUGGUGAUAAAUAAAAGAUAAACUGUCAGUUUGGUGCAGUUUUAUGUUUUGAAAUCAACAAGAACCAAACGAUCGCACGACUAACUGCAGUCAGACGAGUCAAGACGAGGAACCUUUCUCUCUCUCUUUCAUCCUGGUGCCAUUUCUACGUAUCCAUAUUAGUUACUCUUGUAGAUGUCAGGCAAAACGGAUGUAUCUGUCGUUGUUGUCAAGGCAACAACGGCAUUUUUUGAGUCUUUAUUUCUUCUGAGGGACGUUGAACACUGGUGCCGGCAGACCUGCAGUCUCUCCUCAAGCUUUGGGACGGUUUCACGAGAUCGCAGUUUAAAAUCAAGCGUUUUAAAAAAGCAAGUGGUGCGUUUGGAAAUACUAAAAACGUGAGGAAGCUUCUUUCUACCAAACCAUUUCACAUUCAGGGCAAUUCAUAAUAUGCUCUCUUAAUUGAAGUAUUUUAAUUAAAAAAAAUUAUAAUUAUUAAAUUUAUUCGUGAUCAUUUCUGGACAGGGGAGUCGAGGCAAAUCACAGCAAACAAUCAAGUCUAUAAUUGAGUUAAAUAUUUGUUUAGAGCGCCAGCUAUUCUGCGAUACAUGCUGUAUUUAUUUCAGUUUUGUACCAACAAAUUCCCAUUUUUCUCAAAAUACACACUUUACAGGGCCAAACCAGCUCAAUAAUAUAACAGCUAUCAAAAGGCAGUUUUCCACCAAAUAACCAGGAACUAGAAGAACUAAACAGUAAAAGAUCUUCAGAGUGUUUGCUUUCCUGCUAGACCUCUAAAACGUUGGUAAAUCAGGAAGAAGUGACGGUCAGGUUUGAGAUUUAAUCUCAGCACACGUUUAGACUAUUGCAACAACACAGCAAAACCUGAAGGAAGUCAAAGCCAUCUUGUUAUUUACUUACUGUAGCACAAUAUUUGCAUCAGUGUCGCUUCCUUUUGCUGCUGCUGUUUUUCAAUUAUUCAAGAAACAGCCAUCGUCUGAAGAAGCUUAAAAACAGUCAGGGACGAUCAGUACUGCAAACCACAGCAGCCCUUCAAUACGCACUACCUCACUCGCAGGGAUUUCUUCGGGGUAGAAAGUGUGGCAAAUAAACCAAAAUCGUAACCAGGUUCCUCCAGUCGAAAAGGGGAUUAAAAGUUCUAUUAUUUCUUGGAGUAAACUCCCAUUUCUCCCAAUAAGUUUGAGAUGAUUGACGAAGUUUAAUCAUCUUUACCAUUAUCCUUUAUUUCCAUUACUGUACAAGACUGUACUGGCAUGGACGUAAAGGAAAAAACACCAGUAUUACCCUUUUUUUGUCCCCAAACUUACAGUAUUUCAACAGCCAAGUGGAUUUUAAAAACCUCCAAAUGUUGGUUGGUUUCCUGCCAAAGUGGCUUUUAAAGCCACAGCAAAAAAACAACCCGUGCCAGCGUUAGUUGGCGGUCACAUCCCAGUACUGUCGGUAGAUCUUCAGUGUUAAACAGCUUCGAGUUUAAACUGCGCUUGAGAAACCGGCCCAAACCAACAAAACACCAUUCAGGGAUUCAGUACUAUGCUUUUCUAAGUUCUAGCAAGUUAUAUGCAACCAGUGCCGCAAAUUACCCUACACUUCUUCUGUAGGACCAGCUGCAGGAGUGACUUUCAAUAUACACACACAAAUUACUUGUAGCAUUUUAAUUUUUUUUUUUUUUUUUUUUUAAUCCGUGACCUUGCAUAUUGAUAUGUUGUAUUUAUUUUUUAAUUUACAGGCCUGAGGUUUUUGGGGAUCGGAGCUCAGGUGCAACUCAGAAUAAGGUUGUAAGAGUUGGCACGAUUUAUGGUUGUUGUUGUUAUUAUAGGGGGGUGGGGGGCGGGGGGGUUGGGGUGGGUGUUCAGUUGUAAUUCAGGAAAUACUUUCAUUAAUUCAAAAAAAAGAUAUAAACUGUAACGUGCUUCUUUCUAUUCAGUCUAUGGACAAAAACGACCGAGAAUGAAUGUUCUUCAGACUCCUGGAUUCCAGUAUUGUGUGUACUUUGGUGGAUUGAGCCCGGCCCUGUGUAACUUUAGAGGGCUCCGGGUUUGGCUGGUUUCGUGUGAUUGUGCCCUGUCGCCGUAGAAACUAGUAAAACCGACGCACUCGGAGAUCCAUUCGUACACCUCGUGGUUACCUGCUGAAGAUGUGAACCAGUAAGAAAAGAACAGUAAAUGCAUUAUUUUGAUUAAUUGUAAAUCUCCCAAGUAGGAUUUUUUUUUUGCUUCUGCCGUUCUCGUGCUUUGGCCCAUCCUCAAAUCUCACCUAAAUUUUCGCACCCAAUUCAACUGUUAUCAGCUCAUUGAAUAUGCGUUACCAGCUAUGGUCCCAACAUUGUCGUUUAAAGGCGUAUGAAUGGGUUUCCUCGGUGUGCAGGCUUUACGUUUUUCUACCUGGACUUCCUCCAGCCCAGCACCUCAGAUUGCUGUGCAUAUAAACUACCAGUGAAACAUUUGUGUCUUGUUGCCCCCCACUACUUUAAGCAGUCUAGGAUCUGUACAGACGAGAACAUAAAUACCUGUAUCAACUAUAUACUCUGAGCUGAAUCUUUAUAAGUGCGUGUUGAACUUCAGUGUUUCCUCUACAUUCAUUUAUACUUUUCUUCUUGUGUUUUGACUCGGCAGCCCGGCUGUGUAAAAAAAAUUGUCCUCCACUAUGCGAAACAUGUGUAAGCUAAAAGCUAGAGGCUCAUUGGAGUACUUUGUGAGGCAUCCAAGAAAGCACUUAGGGCAGAAAAAAGGGCGUUCCUCAGGGCGCCUACUCGGGUCCCCUGUGGGUUGCAAUUUGACGACUCCCCAAAGCUCUUAAAGAUCCGUUGCAAUACUCCAUAUGUGAUAAUGCAAUCACCCACUACAGGUAUUUCAUUCCAGCAUCCUCCUUUCCCUCCUGUUGGUAACAAUUUUAGAGGAAACAUUGAACUCCAAUGACCUCGCCGCCAAGACCGUCUUGGCUGUCGGGCCGGAAAUUUCUACAAAAAAAGCAAAAAAGCAAAACACUACAAGCGUUUUUGACCCCACAUUUCUCAAGGCUCUCGAGUCGCAGCGCUGAUCCAGGAUCUGCCAACGCAGCCUCUCAAUGGUCAUGAUGCUCCCAGGGUUUCAAGGUCUGUUUUGGGGGUCAUGAAACUUCAGUGGGUUAUUCCUGAUACAUGUGACUUUUUAUGUUACCGACUAAAAGAUGUGAAAAUAGGACAAGAAACUGGCGUCUGGAAUUUCAAACUGUAGGAAGUACAACAUCCCGCUUGGUGUUUUUACCAUCUCCUCUGACCUUUGACCUCCCCAGUGAAGGGACAAGAAGAGUAUUCCCUUUGUAAAGUAUUAUAAAACCUUGAGAAACCCUGGAUUCAUGAUCACAGAGGAGACAACAUUGAUCCCUGAUCAGCGCUGCGACUCUCGGCCGUGGUUUUUAUCAGCUGAAGUGAUCCACGUGAUGUAAAUAAAUGUGUUUUUAGAUUGUGAA